AAGUGAUGAAAAAAGUUCAGAAGAAUUUUUAUGAGCAGUUCGACAGUCCAUUGGAAGGCAAGUUGGACAGCUGGAGUAUUCACCCAGGGCUCGUGCUGCAUGACGGAAGGAGGCCAGUUGGGCAUGUAAGGGAGGACUGUUCUCACGCAAUUCAGUUUGCUGGGCUGUGUGCCAUGUGUGGCAAAGACGUCACCGGGUUGGACUUUACUGGAAACACGGACUCGGCGCGUGCGACAAUCAACAUGGCACACAACACCACUGGUCUUACCGUGAGUCGCGAGGAAGCUGCGCGAAUCGAGAAAGCUGCUACAUCGCGGUUACUAGAGGCAAAGAAGCUAUCGCUUAUUGUCGAUCUGGAUCUGACGGUCAUCCAAGCCGCCGUAGAUCCUACAGUCGGCAGAUGGAUCGCCGACCCGACAGACCCAAACCACGGACUCGUGAAGGACGUCGGUGUUUUCCAAUUGGCAUCCGAACCACAGACGAACUACUACAUCAAACAGCGUCCAUUGCUGAAGGACUUCUUGGAAAAGAUGUCCAACCUCUUCGAAAUGCACGUCUAUACCAUGGGUUCCCGUCCCUACGCUAACGCCGUCACGAAAAUCAUCGACCCAGAUCGCAAAAUAUUUGGUGAUCGCAUUCUGUCUCGUGAUGAGAACGGUACACUACAACGCAAGAGUGUGCAACGUCUCUUCCCGGAGGACGAUUCCCUGGUAGUGAUCAUCGAUGAUCGUGCGGAUGUUUGGCAGACUGCUGGACCUGCAGGUGCGGUGCUGUGUCCGAAUGUGGUCAAGGUCAAACCCUUUGAUUUCUUCCCGGAGGUUGGAGAUAUCAACGGCGCGUUUGUGCCUAGGCAGUAUCCGACACCCAAGGUGGAACCAGCCCCGGUAACAGCAAAAGUAGACGCUCCCAGCACUGCAACCCCAGCCGUGAACGGACCGGGGAGUAAUGUUGACACAAACAUGGGUGAACCGACUACGCCACCGGAUAGUAAUGCCGGUUCGCCGAGCUUGACGGAUCAGAUGGUUGCCAUCAGCGGCGGUGACAAUCCCGAACUCAUUGCUGCUCAGGAGACGAAACAGCACGCCGCCCUCCUCGCUCAACAAGAGCAGCGUCCUCUCGAAAAGAUGCAAGAGUCGAUGGAUCCGGCCGGUGAUGCUGGCGACCACCGCGUGAGAAUCUUGCGAGACAAUGACCGUGAGCUACAAGUCAUCGAGAGCAUCUUGAAGGAGGUACACUCGAGAUUCUACAGCCUGUAUGAACGGGGACAAGCGGAUGCGGAGCGGGAGCAAAUGCUUGCUGAUAUGCAAGGAAGUGAAUUGGGACGAGCGGCUGCGCUACCUGCCGUGAAGGAUAUUUUACCGGCGAUGAAGCAGAAGGUGUUGAAGGGCUGUGUGAUUGUCUUCUCAUCCAUUAUCCCACUCGGCGAGAAAGUUCACGGCUCUUACGUCGCCCGCAUGGCAAUGGAGUUCGGCGCUCAAGUACAGGACGAGAUUGAUAGUCGCGUAACGCACGUUAUCGCUGGCAAACUGCAUACCGUCAAAGUCAACACAGCCGCGAAACGCAAACACAUUAAGAUCGUUUCAAGAGCGUGGUUUGACCGUUCGAUUGAGAAGUUUGCGAGACAGGAUGAGACGCCAUAUGUUUUGGUUACGUCGACUGGGCAGAUGAGUCCACAGAGUUCGCCGAGUCCGCCGCCUGCCGAGGAGGAUAUUCCGGACGAGUUGCUGAGUGAGAGUGAGCACUCUGUGGCCGGAGACGACGAAUUGGCCGUCGAUAGUAAUAGUCAAGUCGGAACGCCGGGUGUCUCGGCUCAUGUUACUGGUAUGAUUAGUGGGUUGGACUUCAGUGCCAUGGAUGCGGAGUUGGCCGAGUUCUUGGGCAGUGAUGAUGAUGGAAGCGAUGGAUCAAUGUCUGACGCUUCCUCCGCUAGUGGUUUCGCUCCUGAUCGCAAGCGGAAGAGACGGCAAAGAACCAUCUCGGCCACACCCUCUCAAGGCGAAAGCGAUAGCGAGCGCAGUACACCGGAUCUCAACAUGCGGUCGCCGCUCGCGAAGAGACAGAGAAGGGCACGAGAACGGAAGAGUGCGUUGGCACAUGAGAUUGGUGCUGAGGAUACUGAGGAAGGUGGGGAUAGUGAUAGUGCGCAGUCACAGCCAACGCCAAGCCGGCGCCGGACAACCGGCGGAAAGAAGCCUCCACCAGCAGCUGGUGGCGCUGGUCCGCUGGAUGAUGGUGGCGAGAGUGAUGGUCUAUCAGGUAUGUCAGACCUUGACGGUCUGGCAGACGAGCUGGACGCGGAGCUGGAUUGAGUGCAAUUGCUUAUCGACUUAAGCUUUACGGAGUUAUGGAUGGAACGGAUAUCAAAACAGGGGCAGGUCAUCGGAUUCUGGAGCUUCACUAGUUUUCACGACAUCUAUACCCAAGCAUCUACAGCUUGUCAUUUACGGUAGCAUCCCUAAUUGGAAUAUAAUCAAUCUCCAGAGGACCAUAUGCAUGGAGGUGGCCC